AUGCGGUUCAAACCUCCCCCUCUCAAUACGGAUAUUGGUUGGCGUGUGGAAUUCCGGCCCACCGAGUUGCAGCUGACAGAUUUUGAGAAUGCAGCAUUUGUCACUUUUAUUUUGUUAUUGUCACGUACAAUUCUUCGUUUGAAACUUAAUCUUCUCAUACCGAUCUCAAAAGUGGAUGAGAACAUGGCGACUGCAAUGAAACGGGACGCUGCCCGGCAGGGGCUGUUCUAUUUCCGGCAGGGACAUCGUCUUACUACAGCAAUUAAAUUAGUCUGUAUGUCUGAUUUGUGGUAUUCGUUGAUGUCCGGUAUUUCCUACGCUGUAACAGAUGUCACACCUAUCCAAAUGGCUAAGGCUUGUGCGAAAUUUCGUCGCAAACGAUCUUACUCUUUGGGCACUGAUGCAACCGAAGGUUCAAACGCUUCCGAUAAUGUGCCCAAAUCAGAAGUGAAAUGCUCCGUUCCGAAUCCGUACACCGUUACCAACGGCCUGUCGGUUAAUCCGGAAGAGACGUACACAUUAAUGACCGUUAACGAAAUCAUGAAUGGUAGUGAUACUUUCCCAGGAUUGCUUCCGCUUGUCCGUCACUACGUGAACGCCUCUGGAGGAAGCAAAGAAACUGUUCAACUGGUGCACCAGUAUCUGAACUUACUUGAAUGUCGUGCCUCCGGCAAACUCAUGACCACUGCAAGUUGGAUGCGUUCUCGAAUCACCUCGCACCCGUUGUAUGCUGGAGAUUCCCGUGUAACGCCUGAGAUCAACGCUGACCUAAUGCGUGAAUGCCGCGACAUAACCCGCGGUGUCCUUCGGCCACCGGAACUUUUGCCACCCGUGACUCAUGGUGCCAUCAAACCAAACGCGCGUUGCCGUUUCGAUUUGUCUUGUAACAGGUGUAUCUAUGCUGAUGAAGACUUCUGCAAUGUUCCGCCGACCGAUUCAAUGGCCAUUCCAAAAACACCGAACGAAGAAAAUGCCUCGUAA